AUGUCCGAGAAAAUAAUUGGGAGUAUCAAACACGCAGUCAUGGGUUCCAAGAGCGACAAGAUUGAUCAGCUCAAGACCACCACGGUCGAGCCUGACGAAAAUUCGAGAAUUACUUCCGACUUUGGUACCAAACAGAGCAACACGGAUAACUGGCUGCGGGUGAAUAGGGAGGAUCAGACGGGACCUAUGCUCUUGGAGGACACAUUUGGCCGCGAGAAGAUCCACCGCUUUGAUCAUGAACGUAUCCCCGAGCGGGUCGUCCACGCCCGUGGGGCCGGCGCUUUCGGAACCUUUAGACUCCACGAGUCGGCCGAGGACGUAACCCACGCCGGCAUCCUCACCGACACCUCUCGCGAGACGCCCCUCUUUGUCCGCUUCUCCACCGUCCUCGGCAGUCGAGGCUCUGCAGACACAGUCCGCGAUGUCCGUGGCUUUGCGGUCAAGUUCUACACCCCCGAGGGAAACUGGGAUAUCGUGGGUAACAAUAUCCCCGUCUUCUUCAUACAAGAUGCUAUCAAGUUCCCCGACUUGAUCCACGCUGGAAAACCUGAGCCGCAUAAUGAAGUACCCCAAGGACAGUCAGCACACAACAACUUUUGGGACUUUGUAUACAUGCACUCCGAGGCAACACACAUGUACUUCUGGACCAUGUCCGACCGAGCCAUCCCGCGUUCCUUUCGCAUGAUGCAAGGUUUUGGCGUCAAUACCUACACUCUCAUCAACGCAAAGGGAGAGAAGCACUUUGUUAAGUUUCAUUUUACUCCAGAGCUGGGCGUCCACUCUCUCGUCUGGGAUGAGGCCCUGAAGCUCGCUGGCCAAGAUCCUGAUUUCCACCGCAAGGAUCUCUGGGAGGCCAUUGAGAAUGGGGCGUAUCCUAAGUGGAAGUUUGGUAUCCAGACCAUCCCCGAGUCCAAGGAGCACGACUUUGACUUUGAUGUUCUCGAUGCCACUAAAGUCUGGCCCGAGGACCUCAUCCCCGUCCGUUACAUCGGCGAACUGGAGCUCAACCGGAACGUCGACGAGUACUUUACCCAGACUGAGCAGGUCGCCUUUUGCACCAGUCAUGUGGUUCCUGGCAUUGGGUUCUCCGAUGACCCUCUUCUUCAAGGCCGGAACUUUUCCUACUCGGAUACUCAACUCAGCAGACUUGGCAUCAAUUGGCAGGAGUUGCCCAUCAACAGACCAGUAUGCCCUGUCAUGAACUUUAACCGCGACGGUGCUAUGCGACAUACAAUUGCCAAGGGCAAGGUCAAUUAUUGGCCAAACAGAUAUGGUUAUCAGCCAGCGGCAACUAAGGAAGAAGGUGGAUAUAUCGACUAUCCUCAAAAAGUUCAAGGGAUCAAAGAGCGAGCUUUGAGUGCUAAGUUCAAGGACCACACCUCACAAGCCCAGCUGUUUUACAACUCGCUCUCCGAGCCGGAGAGAGCACAUCUUCGAGCAGCUUUUUCGUUCGAGCUGGACCAUUGUGAUGAGGCAAUUGUGUACGAACGACUAACUCAGCGAUUAUCAGAGGUAGAUGGCGUACUUGCAGGGCUUGUCGCAGACAUGGUCGGGGGCGAGAAGCCACAAGGCGGUAAGCAAAACCCCGGAAAGACGGCCAAGAAUCUCAGUCAGAUGGACUUUCUCCCCGGGACUCCUACUAUUGCAACUCGGCGUGUUGGUAUCAUCAUCGCAGACGGUUACGAUCCCAUCGCCUUCAACGCAGUCUACGGAGCCAUCAAGGCUCAAAACGCCAUUCCUCUUGUUCUUGCACCGCGUCGUUCAGCUAUUUUCUCAGCAGAUGAGAACCCAGACACUUCCAAAGGCAUCGUUCCUGACCACCACCUCGAAGGCCAACGGAGCACCAUGUUUGACGCCCUAUUCAUCCCGGGGGGUGAAAGGUCUAUACAGACGCUUGCCAAGAUCGGCCGUGCCCGGCACUACAUUCGCGAAGCCUUUGGCCACCUCAAGGCAAUUGGUGGUACCGGGGAAGGUGUUCAGUUGAUUGAGAAUGCGAUCCAGCUCCCCGAGGUUUCCCUCUCAGAGGCCGAUAACGGUAAUGUGGUGGAGAGCUACGGAGUUGUGACGCUCAGGAACGCGCGGCCCGAGAGUUUGAAGGAGAUUGUUAGUGUUGCAAAGAACGCAAAGGGCUUUUUGGAGCAGUUUGUGUAUGCUAUUAGCCAGCAUCGUUGCUGGCAGCGAGAGUUGGACGGGCUGAAUGCCAUGGUGGCAUAUUAAAGGGACACUGGGAAUGGAUGGCCGACCGCAAUGGGGUAAACCUGAGCCUAUGUAUAUAUCGAAUUAUGCGCAAAAAUAUUGAGUAAAGCUGUCGAGAGAACCUCGUAUAUCUUCA